AUGUUUUACUAUACUGUCGCGUUUGGAACCUGUGGCGGCUCUUCUUGUCCUUCUCUGAAAGAGUCAAAGACGUGUACUUAUGAUCUUUCGAGACCGUGCAAGGUUUCGUCGUGGUCACCAUAUUCUUCUUGUACCGAUAACUGCGGUGUGGGCACAUAUACCAGAACAAGAACAGUUACGCAGUCACCCCUGUGUGGGGGAGCAUGUCCGUCCCUUUCUCAGACGACGUCUUGUACUGUUUACGCAAACAAAGAUUGUGUGGUUACGGGGUGGGGUAGCUGGGGCAGCUGCUCUAAGAAAUGCUCUACUGGAUUACAGUACCGUUAUCGCACCGUCUCACAAAAGCAAUUUUGCAAAGGCAAGAGUUGUCCUCCUUUGUUUGUCACUAAAGCUUGCGGUUUGGCAAACGGCGGAUGCCAGCACAACUGCAAUAACGGGGUCUGUUCUUGCAAUACCGGUUACCUCCUGAACAGUGACGGUAGUAGUUGUCGUGCCCGCUCUUGCGGCACUCCGUCCGUCAAGUAUUGUCCGAGCGGUACCACAUACGGGACAACGUGCAAAUAUCCUAGCUUCUCAUGUACCGGUACGACAUAUUCACACACUUGUACCAUCACCUGUCCUUCUGAAUAUGCCGUCAAGAACGCACCUUCGAAACUGCAGUGUCUAUCGUCUGGCGUAUGGACAGCUUACAGCACAACAUACUGCAGAAGAAUUAACGACCCUCCUACUAAGGUUUCUGUGUCUAAUUCGGUGGUGAACGAGAAUGUUGCUAGUGGGACGGCUGUCGGAACGUUGUCCACGACAGAUCCCAACGUGGGUGACAGUCAUACUUACGCUUUACUUGAUAGCGCAGGCGGUAAGUUCACACUGAGCGGCACAACACUGAAAAUAGCCUUCAGUCCAGACUACGAGACGCAGCCUCACAAAUACUCGGUUAAAGUUCGCAGUACAGACAAGAAAGGUUUGUAUCGCGAUGAGACGCUGACUGUUUCAAUAAGAAACGUGAACGAGGCUCCUGUCAGUGUCUCGAUCUCGAAUGCUGUCGUGAACGAGAAUAGCAACAAAGGAACAACGGUGGGAUCUCUGUCGACGUCCGAUCCGGAUGCCAACCAAAAGCACACCUAUACUCUAGUCGACUCCGCCAACGGUCGCUUUUUGGUCAACGGAGAUAAAAUCCAGGUUGCUGUUUUAAAUACGCGCUGUUUGUCUGAGGGCGGCAGUCAAUGUGUCCUCAACUAUGAGGCGAGCAAGAGUCACAAGAUUGUCGUCCGCUCUACCGACAAUGGCAUUCCGGCAAGAUCCAAGGACGUCACGUUGACAAUAAGGCUGCGCGACGUCAACGAUAAACCAAGAAAUCUCAAGCUGUCGGGAUACAAAUUGUACGAGAACAGCAACGUCGAAGUUGAGUUACACUUUGUCGAAUGA